AUGUACUCAACCGAUGUCAACUCGAUGGCAGAUGCUGCGGUCAUAUUUACAACUACCGAAACAGCAGCUAUGCCGUUGACCUCAACACCAUCUCCUGCUCUUUAUGAAAACCUUGGUUUCAUAAAUUCCACCCUUUCGAAACUACCGUUCCUUUCCUCUACCUCUCAAGACCUCUUACUCACUCCGCUUCGCGUCAUUUACCAGGCAGAGGUUUUCAUAUUUGUGACAGCUCCCCGGAGUAUACUACGAUUUCUAAGACUGGAAACAGUGGUUGCGAAUAUGAUAGAUAACGCCACAGGCGUUGUUGGUGGGGUGGGCCUUGCAGGAGACGAGGCAGUGAUAGCAGCUGCGGCAGUGGAUGGAGCUGGAGUAGCGGCUGAUGCAGCUGAUGCUUCAAGAUUUAACUUUGGGGAUUUACUGCAUAAUGUGAGGAAAUUUGGCGGCUUCUUUAGCUACAUGACCAGUCGAUGGUCGAUUGCUUGCUUUGCAGUGGCACUGAUUUUGAACCGGGUAACGAUUUACGGCUCCACAAGACGCCAUCUUUCUCUCAAAUGGCAAAUUCGCCUAGCGCUGAGAAUAAUUCCUAUCAUUCUUUUCGUAACCCAAAUCAUCACGAUACUACGAGCUAUGCAUUGCCAAACAUCACCACAAUACCCAGAGCUACGAUAUGGUAAACCAGGAAAACGUUCUAGUCUGGAUUACGGUGGUGAAGGAGGUUUCCUCUAUUCAUUUUCCUCCUUCUUUUUGCCCUGGGAAAGUGACCAAGAUUCCUGUAAUGCUGUUCAUAUGGGACGAUUAUCUGGAGCCAAAGAUUUCCCUUAUGGUUCAUUUUCUAUUCUCUGGUCCGUUUUCCUCCGCCUCUGCCUCAACCAGUUUGUUGAAACGCUGUCGUGUGCAUUGCAAGGAAGAGGGGUUGUCACGGAGGCAGGAAUGUCUAUAUUCGAACAUUCCCUGGCCUUUGCGGAAGCGGAAACUAUGAUAAGUCACUCAGUCGGCCUUGGCCUGUUUGGUAUGCCUAAGGUUGCGGGCCAAACUUCCGCAACUCACGCUGCGGGUGCCCCUUCUACUACGCAACUUCUUUCGCGAAAUCAAGUGCUAGAGAGGCUCAACGUCACCCCCGAGCUUCUGUUGAUCUCUCUGAUUUCAUGCUGCAACAGCUUAUCAUCUAACAUCCUCGACGUAUUUGGUCGUCAAAACCAAGGUCGUCUCAUCAACACUACAUUUUGGGGUCUUUGUUUCAUGGCUUCUAUGCUUUUUGGUUUCUUCGAUGGCUCGCCUAUCGGUACCGAUACCGGAGUCCUCAGAUUCCCCACAGUAUGUAUUGUUGGGUUCGUGCCACAUUUGCUCAUAUUCCUGGGCAUCUUGACCUGUGUUGCAAUCUAUGGUCUAGCUUUACUUAUAACGGCAUUUUCUCUACCUGAGAGUACAUCUCCGGCGUCUUUACGUGAAAGAUUCGCACUUGCCCAUGCAAAUAUGCAGGGAGCCUCUCAAAUCAAGAAUAUCCGUUUUAGUCUUAGAGAAGAUUUUUAUACUGCCCUGGUUAGGAUAGGGUAUGCCUCUCUAGCAGCAGCUAGUGACGCCGUUUUCCUAAACGAAGGAAAAAGCGUGGUAGCUAGAACAAUGACUUGGCUGGAAGAGGAUAGGCUGUCGGAAAUCGAAGCAUUGAGAAACAAUAAUGCUAACAGAACACAUAUCCCUCAGCCAAUGGAAUUCCCUUCUGGUGUCAAUGAAACUUUUUCCUUCGAUAUACCUGAACGCACAACUGAAUGGGAGAGUGGAUACGGCCGCGAAAAUAAAUUUGAAAAACAGAGGAAAGGAGCUCGAUCGAUCGAGAAACAAAGCGCCUUUGGCGGGGUUGGGGCAUUCCAAGGGGCUAGUAGAUGCUAUCAUGGAUUCACAUUCUUUCGUGGAAUUUUCUUCCUUCUGGUAGGGUGGGUGGCCUUUUGGAUGCUUAGAAGUCUAGAACUCGUGGGUAUUGCUGCCCGACCUCAGUGGUUGACCAAGUUGGGUGGUGCUGGUCGCAAAGCAGCGACUGGGAAAAGAACCCAGGAACCGAAUUCACUUGACUUUUGGAUUUUGACCGACGAAGGCGAUUUGGAGCUUCCAGAAGAUCACGAAUUUGAUGUUGAAAAGGAAAUGAGGAAAAGAGAGUUGGCGAACACUUCUCAAUGGGGUGAAGCGGAGGAGAGUCGCUUUGAUAGGAAACUCUAUAACUGGUGGAAGGUCGGGGGAUCAUGGGGCAAUCAAGAUGAGAGUGGAGACUAUAUACCGUCCCAGGAUGAUUUGGAAGAUAAUACGAGCGUUGUUUCUAUGUCUACAAAUGAAGAAUCGGAGUGGGAGUCAGUUGGUCGUCGGACACCAACUCAAGAGGACCCGUACACCAUGGGGAACCCGCAAAAUACCUGGUCUAAUUCAAGGUCAAGUUCAAAUACACCAACCGACGAAACUCUGCUUGAUAUGAGUUCUCUUGCCCGUCUCCUCGACCCGAGAGACAACGAAGCCAGACACGAAGCUCGGGUGCUAGCGUCACAUCUGCAGGCAGCGGAUGAGGGUAAAAUCAUGACCCGCAGUCGUUUUAGAAGCCAAUUGGAACGAGACCGGGCUCGUGUUCUCACAUCAUCUCGAUAUCACAGUGCCCACAUGCGGAGCAACCCUUCAACAUUGUCUGGAUCGAAUGAGCGGAAAAGACCCUCUUCCGAAGAAGAGUCAGAGAUCCUCGAAAACCUAAUACUAUCACGGCGACUGGGCCGAGACAACUCAUCGGGACACCGUUCGCAACAGGACCCGCAGUCUUGGAAGUCCGGUGCCUCUGGCCUCGGUGCCGAUGGACCGCAAUGUGUCAUCUGCCAGGCUGCGCCUCGGUCGAUUAUAACAUGGCCGUGUCGCUGUCUUUGCGUCUGCGAAGAUUGCAGGGUCAGCCUUGCGAUGAAUAAUUUCGGAAGCUGCGUUACAUGCAGGCGCGAAGUUGCUGGAUUCGUCAGGUUGUGGGUUCCGUAA